AGUAUUAAAUAGUGUGUGCUUGAGUUGAGUGUUGAGUUGUAUCUGUGUCUCUAACUGACACCCGCAUCUCUUUCUCUCACAUUAUACAAAGCUUGAAGCUUACUAAGCAUGAUGGUGUCCAAAAACCCCAACCCCUCUGAGGCUUUCUAUUUGGACCCUUCCGCCAUGUCGCUCCCCGGAAUCCUCCCCUUCGCCGGAGAUUCGCUGGAGGACCCUGCUAAGAAGACUCGCAAGCCUUACACUAUCACCAAGUCUAGGGAGAGUUGGACUGAACCCGAACACGACAAAUUUCUCGAAGCUCUUCAAUUGUUUGACCGUGACUGGAAAAAGAUUGAAGCAUUUGUUGGAUCCAAGACAGUUAUCCAGAUACGUAGCCAUGCUCAGAAAUACUUUCUAAAAGUUCAAAAGAGUGGGACAAGUGAACAUCUUCCUCCACCCAGACCAAAAAGAAAAGCUGCCCAUCCAUAUCCUCAGAAAGCUUCAAAAAAUGCCCCAGUACUCUCACAAGUAUCAGGAUCCUUUCAAUCUUCAUCGGCUUUGCUUGAACCUGGAUACAUAAUAAAGCCUGAUUCUUCAGCAAUGCUUAGAACUCCUAUUAUUAACACUGCAGUGUCUUCCUGGUCAAACAACUCUCUGCAGGAAACCACCAAUGUAUUGCAUGGGAAAAAGGUAAAUAAUUGUUGCAGUAGCAGUGAAAGUCCUAGAGCACAGUUGGUUGGUGAAUCUAAUUGUCGAGGGAAUAUUAAUAGCCAUCCAUUGAGAGUUCUUCCGGAUUUUGCUGAAGUAUACAACUUCAUUGGCAGUGUAUUUGAUCCAAAGGAAACUGGACAUCUACAGAAACUAAAAGGGAUGGAUCCUAUAGAUGUUGAGACGGUGCUAUUGUUGAUGAGAAACCUGUCUAUCAACUUAACAAGUCCAGAUUUUGAGGACCAUAGAAGGCUGCUUGCAUCAUAUGAGGUGGAAUCCGAGACAGAUAAUUAUAUCAAUAUGCUUGAUGUGCAGUUGAAGAGUGCUACUUAGAUGGGUGGAGGCAGAAAAUGGCUUUGUUUUUCAGCUACUGAAUGCAGGCAGGGGGUGAAAUUUUGCAUGAUGCCUUGGCAUGGCAACUCUGGCUGUAAAAGAUGUUGCUGCUCGUGAUCACAGCUAAACAAGGCUUUUAAUAAAUUCCUUAAUUCAAUUUGGUUAUGUAUAUAGUAAAGGAAAAUAAUGUGGAAAUGUAUAGGGUACAUAGUUUUGCGUAGAUAUGCACAGUACCAGAUAUUUGUUUUCUAGAUUUAGCCAUCUGGAGAGCGAGGCAGUUCCUAUUAAACACUUACUAACAUUCUACAGUAAAAUUUUUUAACACUGGGAUAUGAACAUGUGUACUGAGAACUCAACUGAGAUUCAAUCGGCCCACAUGCAUAGCAUAGCAUUAUUAACUUUUGAUACACCUAAACAUGACACGCAGUGUCUUCCUUGUUAUUCA